CAGCGCGCCGCCGCCGCCCGUGGGGUGGGAUUUCCUCCGCUGCCGCUGCCGCGGAUCCUGCGCCGCGUCCAGCCCGCGCGCCCGACCUCGGCCCGACCCGGCCGGCCCCGCCCGCCCGGCCUCGGGGAGGGAUGCGGCGGCGCGGUGCCCAGGAUGCCCCGCAGCCCCGGGACGCGCCUCAAACCUGCCAAGUACAUCCCGGUGGCCACAGCAGCUGCGCUGUUGGUUGGCUCCAGCACCCUCUUCUUCGUAUUCACGUGCCCAUGGUUGACAAGAGCGGUGUCUCCAGCUAUUCCUGUCUACAAUGGCAUCCUCUUCCUCUUUGUCUUGGCCAACUUCAGUAUGGCUACCUUCAUGGACCCUGGAGUCUUCCCCCGAGCCGAUGAGGACGAAGACAAGGAGGAUGACUUCCGGGCCCCACUGUACAAGAAUGUGGAUGUGCGGGGCAUCCAGGUCCGCAUGAAGUGGUGUGCAACAUGCCACUUCUACCGUCCACCCCGAUGUUCACACUGCAGCGUCUGUGACAACUGUGUGGAGGACUUUGACCACCACUGCCCCUGGGUCAACAACUGCAUUGGACGUCGCAACUACCGCUACUUCUUCCUGUUCCUGCUGUCACUCAGUGCACACAUGGUGGGUGUGGUGGCCUUCGGCCUGGUCUACGUGCUCAACCACUCAGAGGGACUGGGAGCUGCCCACACCACCAUCACCAUGGCUGUCAUGUGUGUGGCUGGCCUUUUCUUCAUUCCUGUCAUCGGCCUCACUGGCUUCCACGUGGUACUGGUCACGCGGGGGCGCACCACCAAUGAGCAGGUGACUGGGAAGUUCCGCGGGGGUGUGAACCCCUUCACCCGAGGCUGCUAUGGGAACGUGGAGCACGUGUUAUGCAGUCCCCUGGCGCCCCGGUAUGUGGUGGAGUCCCCCAGGAUGCCGCUCUCAAUAAGCCUAAAACCACCUUUCCUGAGGCCUGAGCUCCUGGAGCGAGCUGUGCCCCUCAAGGUCAAACUUAGUGACAAUGGACUGAAAGCUGGUCGCAGCAAGUCCAAGGGCAGUCUGGACCAGCUAGAUGAGAAGCCUCUGGACCUUGGACCUCCACUGCCUCCCAAGAUAGAGGCUGGUACCUUUGGAAGAGAUCUGAAGACACCGAGACCUGGCAGUGCUGAGAGUGCCCUAUCAGUACAGAGGACCAGCCCCCCAACACCUGCCAUGUAUAAGUUCCGGCCAGCUUUCUCCACUGGUCCCAAGACACCCUUUUGUGGGCCUAGUGAACAGGUCCCAGGCCCUGACUCCCUUACUCUGGCAGAUGACAGCACUCACAGUCUAGACUUUGUGUCCGAGCCCAGCCUGGAUCUCCCAGACCAUGGGCCUGGUGGUCUGCAUCCUACCUAUCCCCCUUCCCCACCCCUCAAUGCCACCGAUGCCUUCUCAGGUGCCUUACGCUCCCUGAGUCUCAAGGCUGCCAGCAGGCGGGGUGGGGACCACAUGACCCUACAGCCACUGCGUUCUGAAGGUGGGCCCCCCACACCCCACCGUGGUCUCUUUGCUCCUCAUGCACUGCCCAACCGAAAUGGCAGCCUGUCCUAUGAUAGCCUACUUAACCCUGGCUCACCCAGUGGCCAUGCAUGUCCCACACACCCUUCCGUUGGCAUGGCCAGCUACCAUUCACCCUACCUGCACCCUGGGCCAUCAGAUCCACCACAGCCCCCAUCCCGCAGCUUCAGUCCUGUGCUGGGUCCCCGGCCUAGGGAGCCCUCUCCUGUGCGCUAUGACAACCUGUCUCGGACCAUCAUGGCCUCUAUCCAGGAGCGCAAGGACAGGGAAGAGCGUGAACGGCUGCUGCGCUCCCAGACUGACUCACUCUUUGGCGAUUCUGGUGUCUAUGACACACCCAGCUCCUACAGCCUGCAACAGGCCAGUGUGUUAACAGAAGGUCCCCGUGGCUCUGUGCUGCGCUAUGGCUCCAGGGAUGACCUAGUGGCUGGGCCUGGCUUCAGUGGUGCCCGAAAUCCUGCCCUGCAGACAUCAUUGUCUUCACUGUCGAGCUCGAUAAGUCGAGCACCACGGACAUCUUCUUCCUCCCUGCAGGCUGACCAGGCCAACAACAAUGCCCCGGGAACCCGGCCUGGCAGUGGUUCGCACAGGUCACCUGCCCAUCAGGGCCUGCCUUCCCCACCAGGCACUCCCCGAUCACCCUCUUACACAGGCUCCAAGGCUGUCGCCUUCAUCCACACGGACUUCCCGGAUCGACCACCCUCACUGGCUAUGCAGAGGGGGCGAAUUGGCACCUGUAGUCGUGGAUGGGGGUGGCGUGGUCCGCCCAGGGGGAAUCCUGGCCUGCACCUGUGCCACCUUGGCCAUCCUGAGGAACACCCGCCGCUGCAGGCCCCCUGGAGCGUGGCCGCUGGGGUGCCCCCCCGUGGGACCAUUUGCCGGCUACAUUCUGCUGCAUCCAGCCUUUUCCCCAGCCUCUCAGGUCCCUAGCAGGACACCAAUAGGUGGCUCUAGGGCCAUGGACAACUUGCUGGGGAAUGCAGAAGACCAGGCUGCUGUAGAGCUUAGUGUGGGGCUGGAUAUGGCCCAGGAUCCCUGUCCAUUCCCUACAACCAGCCACAUCUUGACUGAUAAUUCUGCCAGGGCCCAUGACCCUGUGUCCAGGUGACCUCAGGAAGUCUCCCCCCCUACCUGCUGCAGGGGCCCAGUGCCCCACUGGGGGUGGCCCCAGAACUACUGGGAACCAGCAUGACGUACACCCCAGCCUCCCUAUUCCUUCCAAGCACUUUAAGCCACUUCCUCUGGGGAGCCCAGGCCUCUGUGGGUUGGGCUGGAGUUGGGGGGGGGGGUCUCA